UUUAUGAACCUACUAUGAGGCUCGAGCCGAGCCGAGCCUAUAUAAGUAAGGCUCGGCUCGACUCGAGCCUAACUUAUAAACUCAGGCUUGAGCUGAGCCUAAGACUUUUGGGCUCAGCUCAGCUUGGCCUAUGA